CCCUCUUUUCUCUUCUAUUGGCAUUUGUCAAGAUCUGAUUUUUCCCUCUCUGCAGGGAGGAACAGCAACAAUAACAAGAAGAAGAAGAGAGAGAAAUUGCUGUUUGGUGCGAAAAGUGAUCCUCAAGUUGCAAUCUUUUUCUUGAGAGAGAAACUGGGUCCGAAUCAGAUACUUGAGAUCUACCACUGUUUCUUCUCUUCAGGAUCAAAUUGAGGAAGGCCAAGAGCCCAAGAAUAUGGGGAGAAAAGGAAAUUGGUUUUCUUCUGUGAAGAAAGCUCUGAGUCCUGACUCAAAGGAGAAGAAAGAACAGAAAUCAAAGAAGAAAUGGUUUGGGAAGCAGAAGUUGCAGAGUUCAGGCUCAUACCAGGAAUCUGAUAAAGCACCACCUCUUCUGCCACCAGAAGAUGUUAAAUUGGCUGAUCUUGAAAUUGAAAGCAGUCAUGAUCGUGUUGUUGAAGUUGCAACUUCUGCAGAUGUUGAGAAACCUGUUCCUGCUGUUGCAGUUCAGGCAACAGUGGUUAGGGUUGAAGCUGCUACUACCAGUCAUACAAUUACUCGGUUCUCUGGCAAACCAAAGGAAGAAGUGGCAGCAAUUAAGAUUCAAACGGCUUUCCGGGGAUACUUGGCAAGAAGAGCGCUGCGGGCUUUAAGAGGACUGGUCAGAUUGAAGUCAUUGAUGGAAGGGCCCAUUGUUAAGCGCCAAGCAAUAAGUACCCUUCGCUCUAUGCAGACUUUAGCUCGUGUGCAAGGUCAGAUUCGUUCUCGUAGGAUCAGAAUGUUAGAGGAGAAUCAGGCUCUGCAGCGACAGCUCUUGCAGAAGCAUGCAAAAGAGCUCGAGAGCAUGCGGAUUGGCGAGGAAUGGGAUGACAGCUUACAAUCAAAAGAACAGAUUGAAGCCAAGUUACUGGGCAAGUAUGAGGCUGCUAUGAGAAGAGAAAGGGCACUGGCUUAUGCAUUCACUCAUCAGCAAAACGGGAAGAGCUCAUCUAAAUCUAUGAAUCCCAUGUUCAUGGAUCCAACCAAUCCUAGCUGGGGUUGGAGUUGGCUGGAACGAUGGAUGGCAGCUCGACCUUGGGAGAGCCGUGGCAUGAUGGAUAAAGAGCUGAACGACCAUUCAUCCAUAAAAAGCUCAAGCCGCAGCAUUACUGCUGGGGAAAUCAGCAAAUCAUUUGCUCGUUUCCAGCUAAAUUCUGAAACGCAUUCUCCAACGGCCAGCCAAAAUCCCAGCACACCUAGCUUCCAGUCCCAUUCGGCUCCUCCCAAGGCACCGGCUUCUCCAGCAGUCGCUAGGAAACUGAAGAAGGGGAGCCCAAAGGGCAGUUUGGUUUUGGAAGAUGACUCCAAAAGCAUGGUCAGUGUACAGUCAGACCGGUUUCGGAGGCACUCCAUCGCCGGAUCAUCAGUGAGGGAUGAUGAGAGCCUUGCCAGCUCUCCAUCAGUUCCAAGUUACAUGGUGCCAACUCAAUCUGCAAAAGCCAAGUCCAGGACACAAAAUCAAAGUCCAUUAACGAUGGAAAAUGGGAAAACAGACAAGGGUUCCUUUGGGACUGCAAAGAAGCGUCUUUCUUUUCCGGCUUCACCUGCCAGACCACCCCGGCGGCAUUCAGGUCCACCGAAGAUAGAAAGCAGUUUAAAUGCAGAAUUCGCCGUGAGCAACAGUGCGGCCAGUUGAUUAUACUGCCAAAGUGAAAGGAUUGUUGAAGACAUUGAAGGUAGGAUUGGAAACAUCAGGGAAGAAAUAAGACACAAGUUUAUUUGAAUUGAGUGUUUCAUUUGUUUAUUUAUCCUAAUUAAUUAUUACGUGUAUCUAACGUUUCUUGAAACCUAUUGAUUUGGGGUGAAAGUUUCUUUACACAUUAAAUUUAUCUCUGUAUUAUUUUCAUUCUCACUAUUUGCUGCCCUUAGGGGAAGGAAGAAUUCAUGAUGUUCAUAUGACAGACCCAUCAAGGACAAGAGUGUCAUCGUUCUAUUAAAGUUCUUGAUUUUUUUUUCUUUUUAUUGUGAUAUAAAAUGUACAUUUUGUUCUGUUGUCUCAUU